UCAAUUUAAAUUAAAUAAAUUGAAAAUAAUAAAAAAAUAUAAUUUAAGGUCCAUAUAAAUAUUAAAUAAAUAAUAAACAGAAAGUAGAAAACUCACUUUCUAAAUUUCUUAGUAAAUUUAUAAAUAAAUCAACCAAAUAGCAAAAAUUAGAUAGAUAAAAUGAUUCAAGAAUAAGUUUAAGUAAACCAGGAACAAGCUCCUUAAGAAAAUUAACAACAGUAAUAGAAAAAAGACCUAAUAGAGAAACUAUCAAAAAAUUGCUCCGAUAUAGUUAAAAAUAUUAACAUGAACAGUGCUUACUUUAACAUAUUUCUAAUUUUAGUACUCUUAAUUUAAGCAGCAGAUCUUUCAUAUAUUGUUGUAUUAUGUUUUCUAUGGGUAUUCGAUAUAUAGGAGUUUUAGAAUUAAAUUAAGUAUUAUAGAUCUAUUCAGCAUAUAGAUAACGCUUUUGAGGCAUACAAAUAGAGAAUAAAGAGAUAAAUUAAAAUAGAAAUAUUGGACUGCAUAGUUGGGUUUCUAUUUAAAUUAAGCAUAUUGCUCUAUUUUUAAGGUUAUAUUAGCUCCCUCUCAUAGCCUUCGAUUGCAGCAAUUGGAUAUUAUUUCUUGAGAGUAGUUUUUAAUCUACUUUGUAGAUCCUACAAAAAGGAGGAUUUUGAUGCAGAAGUAGAGCUAAGUGAUGGUUAUUAAUUGAUUCAAGCUGAAAAACAAUCUAACUCAUUCUAUUUUAUUAUUAAUUACUGGAUUUUUCGCGUUUACAUCAUCUCAUAGGCAAUUUUCUUUAGCUUGAAAUUAGAAAAUUAUAUUGACUGGAGUUGGAGUGAAGUAUUUUGGAUUUAUUGGGUAUUUUUUUGCAUCAUAAUUGGUAUUACCUUGAUUAUUUUUCUAUUACUUGUGGUAAAAAUAUGCGAUUUUUGUGGAGGAGCAAAAACUGAAUUGAUAGAAAUACAAGGGCUAUUUUGGUUUUUCUUGAUUAUGGGAUUUAUUUCAGCUAAUUCGAGCUAUUCCGUUUUAACUUACACUGAUGUUUUAACUGAUUUAGACCGUGCAAAUAAUACUAUUGGUAAAACUACAGAGCAAAUGUAUGAAGAUCAAUUAAAUCUAAAAAAUACUUAGAAGAGUUUAGUACCAAUUAUUUUUCAAGUUGUUGGGGGAUUUUGUGGAUAAAUCUUAUACUUUUUACUACUUAGACACCAAAUUUCAGCUUUCGUGAGAUUAAUAAUGUUUGAGUAUGGAGAUUAGUAAGAAGAAGAAGAUUUGGAGCAUUAGCAUUAAUAAGAAGUAAACGAAUAAUAAAAUUAAGCUAACAAUAUCAGAGAUUAAAGAGCUCCUCCUAAAAAAGUGAGGAUGGCAUAUAAGUCCAAAUUAGUGCUAGAAGAAAAAGAGGUAGCUCCUACGAUGAAUUUACCUCAGUUUGUUUCAAAAGUUUCUUCUACUUAUUUUAAGUUCUUAAUGAAUAAAAAAGAUGCCUAGAAUGAAAUUAAGUAGAAAUAAAAGUCUAAACCAAAAAAAUAAAAACCUUAGUAGGUUUAAGUUAACUCUCCUUAGAAUGCAACUGACGAGAGAAGCAUGAAAGGAAAAAGCUAUUCGAAAAGAAGUUUAAAUAGAAGUGCUACAGCAACUGUAACUAUUAAUACACAAGGUAAUGUCAACACAUAGGCUGAUAUGCUACAUUCUUCUAGAUUAAAUACAUAAGACAAAUAAUUUGCUGAGAAUGAUUUCGAAGAUGUUUUCAAAGAAGGAAGUUCUGGAAGUCAAGACAAAAAGGAUUUAAGAGGAGAAAACAAUUUAAAAAAGAAUAAAAAGGCCCUUAUUAAAUAAAAGUUUAAUGAAAUUCCUAAUUUUAUAUCUCCAAAAGAAAAAAAUUCAAUAAAAAUUUAGCUCUAAUAAAAUGCUUUUGAUAAUAAUUAAGAUGAUGAUUAGCAUGAACCAAAUUAAAAUCAAAGAAGAUAAAUCAGUAUGGCAAAUCCUAAUAAUCAUAUGAAUGCAAUAUCAAUUGGUAAAGGGCAAAAAGAUCUAAAUAUGACUGCUCCCUUUGUUGUUCAUGGUGCACAUGAUCAUAUUAAAGAGGAAGAAGAUGAACAUGAAAGCUAUUUCUAAGAUAGAAAAAAUAAUUAAGAGAUGCACAAUAAAGAAGGGAUCAGUCAAAAUGAAUGUGUUAUCCAGUUUGAUGAAGAAAGCUAGGUGCAAACAAAAAAUGGUUUGGAUUCAUCAAGAAUUUAAAGUUAAUAACAAUCUGUUUCUACAUGUUUGGUAUGCUUUGAUGCUACCCCUGAUUCUAUUUUCAAUCCAUGUGGCCAUGGAGGUUUGUGUUACGAAUGUGCCAUAGAUUUAAUGAAAAAAACUGGUGAGUGUUAUCUCUGUAGACAAAAAAUUGAGGAAAUAUUGAAGAUUGAUAUAGAAAGCAGAAAUCAAGGAAUAAUGAAAAUAAUUACAACAACAAAAUUAGUAAAAGUUAGAGAAAAGAUAGAAAUAAGUGAAUAAGAAUACCAGUAUUAUUCUGCUUUAAGAAGGAAUCGUAGAUAAUAGCAACAGUAAUAAGGUAUCCCUGAAUAGCAAUCUUCGAAUGGCCAAAACUAAAUUUAACAUCCAUAAAAUUAAUAAAUCUAAUAAUAAUUGUAAUAAGCUAUUUAACAAAGAGAGUAAUAAUAUUAAUCUAAUGAUCAUUAGCAUUAAAAUAUAAAUUAGAUCUUGAGUUAAGAAAAUAUGGAUGUUAAUAAUUAAUGUUAAAUCUAACAAAAUCUAGUAAAUUAAAAUGAAGACAAUGUAGAUUGA